UUUUUCUCUUUGGCAGUUUAUCAUAAAAUCUCAACAUAUGAAUUCAUAGUGAGUUCUCGAGAGCAAAGAUCUGAAGCUUCUGAUGUGGAGGCUGGCACAGAUAAACCCUCUUCAUGCAAACAGUCAAAUAAGAAAAUGUUUAAGGUGGGUUUGCCACAAAGUGACUUUCAGUUUGUUUCAUCCUUAACCAAGGACAUGAUGUGUCACACACCCUGACAUGAUAAUUAGCAGGUUUCAUGGAAAACAGGAAAUUUCAAGAAGUGACCAUGCAGGCAAAGUCAUGGAACAUGACGAACUCAAGAAAGUACAAUUGUAUGAACCCUGAUUAAGCAUAUACUAGGGUAUCUAAAAGAUAGUAAUGCUGCGGCACAUUCUGUUGAUACUGGCAUUAGUUAGGCAGUGGGACUUAAACGAAUCGAAAAUGACAUUGAAUGUCCUAUUUACAUGUUGGAAAGUACUAGAAUAAUUACUAUCAGUCUAUAUAAAUAACUCGUGGGAACGUUGUUUAAAAAAUGAUCAAGUGGUUAUCAAUUCUGGUUUUCCCACAGUAAAUUGUAGGAAAUGAUAGAAAUUCAGAUUGUUUAUCCAUAUAUUUAAUAUAGGGUGUACUAUCUUUUCUCUGGAAACAUGAUACUUUUCUUGCAGUUUAUUGCAUUUUAUUAAGUAACAGUUAUUUAGCUAUAUAUUUAUAGAAAACAACAACACAAAAAAACAGAAAAAAAAAAGAAAGAAGGAAAAAAAGAGUUCGGUAGGAUUCGAACCCGGCCUCAUCGGCUUGACGCGACUACACCUCACCACUACACCACAGAGACUGGUUACGUAAUUUGGCGAAAAGUCUUUACUUUAAUUCCUUUUCCGUGAAACUUCCGCAGGCAAGAUGAUCGCCAGCCGCAUUAAUCGAGCUAUUAACAGCAAAAAACAAUGUAAACGCAUAUUCCAUGGCAAUGAAUGAAUGAAAGAACAUAAUUAUUCUUUUCAAAACGCCGAUACACGUCCUCGUCUGCAACGUAGGACACAAAACAUAUGUUUUGUUAUCUCGAUUUCCGCUGUUAUUUUCAAGCGAAUGGUCAAAAUCACAUCCAUUUUCGGCUAAUACAGGUUCUUAAGAAUAGCAUGGCAUGACAUUUUCUCACUUUCACAUCACCUUCUAGCAAGCUGGAAUUUGUAUAUCCCCCGUGUUGCGGAGUCGAAGAGCAAAUACUCAUCUUCUCGUCAGGUUUAACACCUGGACGAGUCAAAGGCUCUUGAAUUGAAAUCCAAUCCCCAAGUUAACCAUCGUACUCAUCUGAAAGACUCCUGCGUGUCUUGAAUUUGGUAAGACCUCUAACCGUGCUGUAGAAAAUUUGCUACAAAGAAAACUCUGAGUCUGGGCAGCGAACGAUGCGAACUUCCCCGUGUUUUUAUUUGACUUGUUCGUGGCGCAAUGCACUCUGGUUAAAUGCAAUGCAUUGUGGUAAAAAGUGUGGUUAAAUGCAAUGCAUUGUGGUAAAAAGUGAUGAAUUCGAGAAUUCGUCGCCCCUUAUAUAUUUCCCUUAAAUCCUGAUUAUGUUGCUGCUCGCUCCCUACGGUCGCUCCACAGCAAAUAUAAUAGUAUAAAUUCCAACUGGCUGGAGGUUUAUCAGUUGGGUAUGUUAUCAAGCAUGAUCAAGGAGAUAGUUAACUAGGGUAUCUAAAAGAUAGUAAUGCUGCGGCACAUUCUGUUGAUACUGGCAUUAGUUAGGCAGUGGGACUUAAACGAAUCGAAAAUGACAUUGAAUGCCCCAUUUACAUGUUGGAAAGUACUAGAAUAAUUACUAUCAGUCUAUGGAAAGAACUCGUGGGAACCUUGUUUAGAAAAUGAUCAGGUGGUUAUCAACUCUGGUUUUCCCACAGUAAAUUGUAGGAGGUGAUAGAAAUUCAGAUUGUUUAUCCAUAUAUUUAAUAUACGGUGUACUAUCUUUUCUCUAGAAACACGAUCCUUUUCUUACUGUUUAUUGCACUUUAUUAAGUAACAGUUAUUUAGCUAUAUAUUUAUAGAAAACAACAACACAAAAAACGGGAAAAAAAAGAAAGAAGGAAAAAAGAAUUCAGUAGGACACGAACCCUGUACCAUCGGCUCGACGCGACUACACCUAACCACUACACCACAGAGACUGAUGACAUAAGUUGGCGAAAAGUCUUUAAUUUAAUGCCUUUUCCAUGAAACUUCCGCCGGCAAGAUGAUGGCCAGCCACAUUAAUCGAGCUAUUAACAGUAAAAAAACAAUGUAAACGCUUAUUCCAUGGCAAUGAAUGAAUGAAAGAACAUAAUUAUGCUUUUCAAAACACCGAUACACGUCCUCGUCUGCAGCGUAGGACACAAAACAUAUGUUUUGUUAUCUCGAUUUCCGCUGUUGUUUUGAAGGGAAUGGUCAAAAAUCACAUCCAUUUUCGGCUCAUACAGGUUCUUAAGAAUAGCAUGGCAUGACAUUUUCUCACUUUCACAUCACCUUCUAGCAAGCUGGAAUUUGUAUAUCCCCCGUGUUGCGGAGUGGAAGAGCAAAUGCUCAUCUUCUCGUCAGGUUUAACACCUGGACGAGUCAAAGGCUCUUGAAUUGAAAUCCAAUCCCCAAGUUAACCAUCGUACUCAUCUGAAAGACUCCUGCAUGUCUUAAAUUUGGUAAGACCUCUAACCGUGCUGUAGAAAAUUUGCUACAAAGAAACCCCGAGUCUGGGCAGCGAAUGAUGCUAUUUAUUUGAGUUGUUCGUGGCGCAAUGCACUCUGGUUAAAUGCAAUGCAUUGUGGUAAAAAGUGAUGAAUUCGAGAUUUCGUCGCCCCUUAUAUAUUUCCUUUAAAUCCUGUUUAUGUUGUUGCUCGCUCCCUACGGUCGCUCCGCAGCAAUUAGUACUACCAAGAAUCAAAUCAAGUCAGUGAUCAGGGCAAAGUCCAAUGUGCUGACCACUCCGUCCCGCUGGCUCCAAUUUCGUUGGCGGGGCUGUCACUCAGGACUGGGGGGAGGGGAGGGAGCAGGGAUUUUCCUUGGCUUCUUUGAGCAUGAUCACUCACUUUAUUAAGGGAAAAAAACGUGAAAUCUUAGUGACUUAGUGACUGCCCUUCAUUGGCAAAUCGAUCAGUGUAAAACGCAGACUGCGGACUGCAGACUGCGGACCAGGGGUAAAAUGCAGACUGUGUGUAAAAUGAAGACUGCAGACUAAGAGUAAAACGCAGACUGGGGUAAAAUGCAGACCGAGCAUAAAAUGUAGUCGUGGAAGGGUUUAAGGCCAAAGAAAUCCCGCAAAUACAUGUAAACGAACACUUACUAGACGAUAUCUGCUUUCACAAAUCCAUUCCUUUCUUCUCUGGAACGUCGACGACGACCCGAAAACAUAAUCGCAAUCUUGAACCUUUUUUUUGCCCGUCCGAGAGACUUCACGCCUCAACUUUAGAAGCGAAGUUUUGGAUAUACGUGGCCAGGGACCGUGAAUUGGUACAACACAGGGCGGGUACAACACCACGAUAUUUACGCUUAAAUGAAAGCUGCUGACCCAAAAUACUGUACAGGAAGAAUUAUGGCAAUAAAAAAAGGGAGUAAAUUAUUGCAACAACAAAGAAAGAUGUUCUGCAGGAAAUCUGGAUGACCUUCUAUGAAAGUAUUGCAAAUCAAGGUACGCAGACUUAAGCUGUUGGGAUGUUUAUUGAAACUUCUGGGGAAUGUGCAAUGCACUUCGACUAGGAAGCGAAUUGUGUAACUGAUACCGGCUGGCUAUUCACCGAUUUGGAGACGAAGGAGCACAAAUGUUUAAAAAAGUCUACUGUCUUUAUUCUGCAUUUUGCACCCAGCCUGCGUUUUACUGUUAGUCUGCAGUCUGCAUUUUACACUCAGUCUGCAUUUUACCCCUGGUCCGCAGUCUGCGUUUUACACUGACCGAUUGGCAAAUCCUUGCAAUGUAAUAAAAAACCCUUAACUUUCUCUCUUGUAGAAUAAAGUAAAGCCUGAAGAAGAGAGGACAGAGAAUGAUGAACCUCAAAGGUGAGGUUACAAAAAUGGUGCUUUAAAACCAAGUAUUCAAAAAAUAAUCAAUUGAUUUUAAUUUUAUUAUUGAUCAUUAAUAAUUCAUUUGCCUCUGGCAUGGCCGGAAAAUUGGGGUGGAUACUGGCAGGUCUAAAGCAUAGAUCACAUUUCAUAGGUCAAGAGUACAGGUCACUGCUCCAUCAAUAAAUUACCAAACCACAUAGAUUCCCCUUGAUCAAAUAGAGCAUUUUUAAGUUAAGGGUUUAAUAAUAUAUAUAGGAGACACUCUUUUAGCUGUUCAUUAAUUUAUCUGUAUCUGACCUGUGGAAAAGUGACCUGUAUUUUAGCUCCGCCAGUAGGCACCAUGUAGCUUCAACUAGCCCCAAACGUUUUUUCCCAUAAUGUUUUUGGUAAAAUGAACCUUAUGAACCCAUUUUAUUUAUUUAUUUUUUUUAAAAAGUAGAUAUCUCUAUUAACUUGACACGAGCAACCAGUUCCACCUCUGUUGGCUAACACAAGUUUUUACAAAAUUUCUUUUAUUCAUUAUUUGAGAAUUGAAAUAAGUGAUCAUGGUGCUUCUGAAGGGUCUGAUGAUACUCUACCAAAUGAAACAACUGUAAAGUUUAUUAAUGAAGUCAGCUCCAAGGUGAGUCAUUUACUAGUCCUAAGAGGCUAUCAAUCAUGGUCAAGAAAGUUCUUUUGAAACUGUCUGCUUACGAAGUGCUUGACUAAUCAUUUAUAACUGUAAUUAAAGUAACUGAAAAAUUGCCUGCUCAUUAAUAAUACUUCAGAAUCCUGUACAUUUUACAGAGAAAUAUACAAAAUGAAUACAAAAAAUGGUUAGUUAUUAUAUAAUCGUCGAGGAGCCAGAUUUACAAAACCUUCCUAAUUUAACCCUUUCUUUUCCAAGAAUGCCCCAAUUGACAGGGCUAAUUAUUUAACAAGCUGAUACAUUUUAUGCUGCUAUGCUGCACAUCUAUUAAGCUAGAAGAUUGACAUGUUUGCAGAUGGAUUGACUUGAUGGACAAUAAUUUCCUGGAAUAUUAUGCAGACAUGCUAGCACACUAACAAUAGUGUGUCAUUGAAGUUUGUCUAUAUUCCAUGCUUAUCUUAGGUUUUUGGACCAACUUUUGAUGGAGGGUGUCUUGUAGAGCCCUACCACUCCAGUCAUCUUAUUUCUUAUAUGUCUUUACUCUACUUUUACAUCAGGCUGCUGCCAAGCAGAACAGAUCCAAUGUAGAAGAAGAUACCAUAAAGCAACAGGAUUAUUCAACUAUCACAAGCCCUGAUACUGCUCAUUACUCACCCCAAGGAAUUACAGAAUGUGCAUCAUCUUCAGAGGAGAGCCUUAAAGAAAUUACACCCCCAUCCACUUCCCCUCGAGUAGAGGUUAAACAGCCAGCUAGCAUAAUCACAUCACAGCUUCAAGAGACAAUUUCAAGCAAUCAAUACCAAAGUGAAUUAUCUUUUAAUCCAGGACCUAGGAGGGUUUCCAUGAUAACUUUUAAUGACCAAGUAGAAGAACUUGUUCCCAGUUCUCAGGGAAAGAAAAAGAAAAAGACCAAGGUGAGUGAAGAUGCAAAUACAAACACAUUGAAAAGUGGAGAUUAUGAACUUACUGCAGUCAACAGAGAAAAUGCUAUGCUGGGCAGGAUACUGUUGAUGCUGUUACACCAAGGAAAAAGAAGAAGAAGAAACCUAAAGCAAACUCCCCCGACAGCCAACCCCCUUUUGUUAGACGCCCAUUGCCACAAUUGCCACCACAAG